AUGACAAUCUGUUGAUUACUUCACAGAUCAGUCAUGGCUUGUAUUCCCCGGCAGAGACACGUCUACACCAGUGUGGUGUUAUUGUGCAUAUCCGUGUACAUUUAUGUCAGUGCAUGGGCCAUGAUGUAUCGGUCUAUACGGAAACGAGACAUACUCUGUGGAGUUAAUCAUGGGGUGGUCAAUGGUGGAGGGAACGUCGUUACUCAUCUGUGGGGAAACGUUUCGUCACAUGGAGUUGAGGAGCGUGACAUUUCAAACCCAAGAACCACCAGGAAAAGUCUGCUGAACAAGUGGCGUAACAUCACGUCUUCCUCUACAACAUCAGCACCACAAAGAAACGCAACGAUGGCAAAAUUCCCUCCUACCUUAGUACGAGGUAAAGACAUUACUCCACUUAUAUCGGAAUUCUUUCAGUUAAAGACUAAUGAGACGAAAGACGAUUUUGUCAAUCUUCAUAGGUACAAGUUUUCCCUUGACUCCAAGCGAUGUAGAUAUGGUUCCACCUUCUUGGCUAUUAUCGUUCAUUCGGCUCCUGGGAAUACUCAAAAGAGGAAUCUGAUACGAGAAACCUUUGGAUCGAUUGGAUCUUACAGAAACAGAAACAUAGCUGUUGUGUUUAUGUUAGCAGCAGUCAAGCAGCAACGAGCACAGGUCCUUUUACGACACGAGUCCCGGAGAUAUGAUGAUAUUGUGCAAGGGAAUUUCCCAGACUCCUACAAGAAUCUCGUGAGGAAACAUAUUAUGGCAAUGCACUGGUUCAAGUAUAGCUGUAAAGCUAAAUACAUUCUGAAGUUGGAUGACGACACGUUUGUCAAUCCAUACAGAAUUAUUGACCAUAUUCUGAGAACUGAACCUCAAGGGCUCACCAUUGAAUGCAAAUUGUUACAAUAUCGAAGUCCUGUCAGAAACAAAUGGUCAAAAUGGCACACUCCAGAAUCGGAGUAUCCCUUUUCUGUUCUACCACCAUUUUGUUUAGGUUUCGCUUAUCUGACAACUCCAGAAAGUUGGGCUGCCAUGUACAAAGUUUCUGAAGCCAACAGGCUAAUGAGCAUGGAUGACUUGUAUGUCAGUGUUGUGUUGGCUAUGAAAGCUGGAGUACAAAGGACAGACUUCAGCAACAUUCUGGUACAGUGUCCGAGGAAUAAGGCAUUUGAUUAUACAGAACUAAACCGGAAAGCGAUAGUCAUCGACCGGGGAACAUAUUGUGGAUCAAUUCCCUUCAGCCAUUGGAGACAAAUAGAGUAUGACAAUGAACACUUUUGAUUAAUGAACAGCAAAGUGGCAAAGCAAGGUAUUUCUAACUACUGUAGUGUAUCAUGCUGUUUCAUAGAGCUGCAGUACACCCCCUGUGGCACAUUUCAUGAGCUUAAUCGGUUCUUUACACUCCUUUAUUUAUCUUUACACAAUAAACAGGCAUUAGUCAAACCUCCACCUAAUUCGCAUUAUACCUAAAUCAACGCUGUCAACCUUAAUUUGGACAUCAUUUGACAAUAAAAUUGAUCACAUACUCAAGAUACAAAAGUAGGCAUUAUUACUGAUCCUGAAUUAUCUGUUUCCAAGUAUUUCAUAGAACGUCCAGGUUACCAUUUAUUAUUCAUCGAUUCUGGUGGUUGAGCUAAAAUGUGAGCAUGGUUUAUAAUGUCACUGGUAGUGUAUUAGAUGAAAGGAAUAAAUUAAAAGUAUUCGUGAGGUUUGUGUCGCAUUGUUCAUAAGCCGUGUCAGUGUGUCAUCGCUCGAUGAUGCUACGUCAGUAUAUAUAUUUCUGCUAUCCAGGUGAUGA